CAGUUUACUUACUUUUGACUAGACGAUGCCAACAGCUCCCGUCCCAGACGCAAGCGAGGAUGAAGCUAAUUUCCAUGCAGCUGCAAAGUAUCUUGCGUCACGGCAAGACCUGCAUUUGAGCAAUGAGAUCAUGUUACAGUUUUACGCGUUAUACAAAGUUGCGACUGUUGGAUCAUGCAACGUUCCAAAGCCAGGCUUCUUUGACUUUGCGGGGAAGGCCAAGUGGGAUGCAUGGGCUUCUUUAGGAGAUUUGCCCAAGCAAGAAGCAAUGUCACGAUAUGUGAGAUUCGUUGCUGAGCAUGCUGGCUGGAAGCCGGGUGAGAGCGAUCGCGAGACUACGGAUAGCGAAACAUCACCACGCACACGCCCUGAAAAGACUGACAAGUCUACCGGUGUAUCAGUUAGUACAAUGGCCAAUGACCGUGAAGAGAUUAGUGAUGCCGACAAGACAAUAUGGAACUGGGCCGAGGAAGGGGUAAUUGAGAAGGUCGUUGAUAUGAUUGAUGCCAAGCGUGCCGAUGUCAAUCAAGUGGAUGAUCAAGGGAUGACCUUAUUGCACUGGGCCGCGGAUCGAGGGUAUGUGGAACUGACCAAGAUACUACUGGAGCGAGGUGCAUCCGUUGAUGCACAAGAUAAUGAGGGCCAAACACCACUACAUUAUGCUGUCAUUAUUGAAAAUGAGGAUAUUGUGAGAAAGCUUAUUGCUAGUGGGGCAAGUUCAGCAAUACGGGACUUCAAUGAUGAAACGCCACUGGAUUCUGCCUCAGAAGGCAUUAAGAGUGUUAUAGUAAUUGAAUCUUCAAAAUUAUCAAAAGGAUAGAAAUCUUCUACGGCGUAAUAUCCAUCCACCUCUAAUGUUGUUCC